AGCUUCCUCAUCCUUCUUACAAUUAUCACAACUUAAUUAGUAGUUAUAAAAUUAAGAUUUAUAGUUUCAAUUAAGAAACAAAAUGGGAUCAAAGGCAUUUAUGCUUAUUGUUUUGGCUAUUUUACUUGUGAUAACAUCAGAAGUUGCAGCUAGGGAGUUGGCUGAGAGCACCCCCACUACUACGGACAAUGCAAAGGUAUCCGAAAAGAAAAAUGAUGAUGUAAAUUACUCGAAAUUUUUAGGAGCAGGAUUUCCAGGAGUCGGAGGUGGCGGAUUUGGAGGAUACCCCGUAGGAAGAUAUGGAGGAUACCCUGGAGGCGGAUAUGGUGGAUACCCUGGUGGCGGAUAUGGUGGAUAUGGUGGAUACCCGGGUGGUCGUGGAUAUUAUGGAGGUUAUCCAAGAGGCGGAUAUGGUGGAUAUGGUGGCUAUGGUGGUGGCUAUGGAGGAUAUCCUAGAGGUGGUUGGUAUGGAGUAUGGCCUCGCGACUAAUUAAUUUACUAAGGAAUAUAUAUAUGAAGAAUAUUCAAGGUGUCUAUAUAUAAUGUGUAGUACUCUUUCUGUCCUAAAUUAUGUGUCACUUUUCGUUUUUUCGUUUUAUCGUUGGAAGUAUGAAUAAAUGUACCAGCAAUAUCCAUUCACUUACUAUGGGUGGAUGGUCAUGUCAUGAUUUUAUAUCUGUAUGUGAACUUACUUGUAUACGUCUUUUUUUACUUUACAUAUAAUUGUCAUUUAUAAAAUUAAGUGAAAUCCAAGUGAUCGUCGUAUAUUUCCUUUGUA